CAAACACGGCACCAGCAGCAGCAGCAAUGGGCUCAGCCUGGAGGUCUGACAAUUAGACAGAUCUCUUUCCAGACACACAAUCAUAAUCCCCCUCCCAUCCCGAGCCCAGCUGGGGGGCUCUCUCAUUCCUGCUUGGGGGGCUGCGUGUGUUUGUGCCGUUCCUUCUUGACGGGUCCAUGGAGAAAGUCCAAGGGGAGAACGACAUGGAGCGAUGGGAGAGGCUGGAGGAGAUAACGGAGAGUGAGCGCGGUGUCAUCAAGGAGACCUGGGCACGGGUAUAUGCCAACUGCGAGGACGUCGGAGUCUCUAUACUGAUCAGGUUCUUUGUCAACUUCCCCUCCGCCAAGCAGCACUUCAGCCAGUUUAAGCACAUGGAGGACCCUUUGGAGAUGGAAGGCAGUGUGCAGCUGCGCAAGCAUGCCCGGCGGGUGAUGGGUGCUGUCAACAGUGUGGUGGAAAACCUUGGCGACCCCGAGAAAAUAACUACUGUUCUGUCGAUCGUUGGGAAGAGCCACGCUCUCAAACACAAAGUGGACCCUGUCUACUUUAAGAUCCUGACUGGGGUAAUGCUGGAGGUCAUUGCAGAAGAGUACGCCAAAGAUUUCACCCCCGACGUACAGCUAGCUUGGAACAAACUUCGGAGCCACUUAUACAGCCACGUACUGUCUGCAUACAAGGAGGCGGGCUGGACACAGUACCCCAGUAACUCUGUGUGAGCCCUCCCUGAAUAUCCCAAUGAAGGCCUAGCUAAGGACUCCUGGCCCUGGCUGUCUCAGACCAAAUUUAUCUGUGGCAGGUGGAGCGGAGAAGGUUGUAGGGUGGGUGGGAUAUUAACCUUGUUGCUGCUAGGAGGGUGUAAAAACAUAAUUGGGGUGUGGGUGGGAGGGGGACAGCAGGGGGUGAGUUAGAAUUAAAGGGCAAGGGAGAGAUAUUUUUUCAUAUACCAGUAAUUUUCUGGCUUUGGGCAUACCGUUAGCCACCCACAUUUUAUUCUACUCCCUUAGUAAAAUCAAGUAACGUCAUUACACAAAGGCCUGUGAAAAUGUGACAGUCUUCAGAGAAAAGGGCAGAGAUAUAUGAAUAUUCUAAUAACCAAUAAAUAUUGAUCCUACCUGUUUCUCUUAAGCCGGCCAUACACGCCUCGUUUCGUACGAUAUUCGGUGCGAGUAUGGUGGCUCGAAGAGGCGACCGAUACCGCAGAAGGCUGCGGAUAUCGGUCGACUUGUUGAUCUGCCAGGUUAAAAGAUUUUGAUCCGGCGCCAUUGAAGGCGCCCAAGCAAAAUCUAUGUUCAGGGCUGAAUCGCCAGGUAGAGGUAGAAUUUCUAUUGUUUCUACCUCCAUAUCUGACGAUUCAGCCCUCAACAUCAGUGGAGGGUGGGAAAGAUCAGACCUGCAACAUGUAUGGCCACCUUUACACUCAUGUCCAGUCUGCAGCCGACCAGCCAUUGUUUACAUGCAGCUUCCAGCAUCCUUCAACAGAGAUGUCAAGGGCAAAGGGAGAUUAGUUGCCUGCCGUUAAAAUCGUCUACCGCAGGUGACUAAUCUCCCUGAAAUGCUUUUCAACCAGCAAUAAAGUGAAUCGCUGGUGGAAAGGCAUCUUUUUUCGAAGUUGCUUGAAAGUACCUGCAGUAGGAAACGUCAUGCGACUUUGGAAAAAUGAAGCAAUGUGUAUGCCUUUCCACUGGUGAUUCAUGGCAGCAGAGAUUUAACCGUGGGCAACUAAUUUACCCGUGGGACAUCGGCAUAAGAUGUACAACAGCUGGAGGGCUGCAUGUUGGACAUGCCUGCUCUAUUUCAUACAUUAUUCAUAGACUAAGACUAAAUUACACCAUCACCUGAUGAAGGUUCCUGUGUGGAACUGAAAUGUUGGAUUGAUUAAACCUCAUAAAUUGCUCAGCAAAACCAAAAACAGUUUGGGGCAGGAUAUAAUAUCUGGAAUAUAAUGGCUGUUACUAGGGUUGCCACCUUUCAGGCUUCCUCUUACCAGCCAGGGCAGGGGGCGGGUCAACGGGGGGGGGGCAGUCCAUGAUGUCAGGAGGUUGGAAAAGGAGCUGAGAAAGGGGAUAGGGAGGUGGCCCGGGGGCAAAGGACAAGGUAUUACAAACCUGAAAUACCAGCAAGGCCGGCAGAUUGGAGGUGGCGCGGGGGCAAAGGACAAGUUAUUACAAACCUGAAAUACCAGGGAGGCCAGGUGGCAACCCUAGUUGUUAUGUACCUGUUAAAGUUUACCUUCCAAUUAAUUGAUACUCCUGAUUGGCCAUCUCCCCCUUUUCUUUGAGCGACUGUGAUGACAUCACUGAUUGACAUCCUUUCCUUCCCUGUGCUGCCGCCAGUUUCCGAGGGACCAAAACUGGAAAAUCUUUUACUGAAAUAGUAGAUAAAUAUAUAUAAGAAUAAAAGCAGACUAGCAAAACUUGCAUUAUCUGUGCCAAAUUUGUUACAAUAUUACAAAAAAUGGUUGCCUAAAGUUCACUAAUGAAGUAGACCACCCCCCCCAUUCUGGAUUUUCCACUAUUGGUUGCUAGAGAGGCUCCACAAGGGGCCAUAGAAAUUUGUGGGUGGUGCGGAAUGAAUUAAGUUGUGAAUGGGAAUUUCUGGGACAGACUCAGUUGUAUACAUUUCUGGGCUAUCAGAUGUUGUGUCAAAUAUGUCAGUCCUUAUAUAUUACUCUGUUUUAAUGUAACCUAGAAAUAAAUAUCUAUAUCUAUAUAUAUUA